CAGGUAGUAUGGGGUGCGGCUCCAGUAGCAACAAUCCGCCCGUAGUACCCACCGAACAGAAGAAGGGGAGCGUUAUGGCACCUACCGAUAGCUCCAAUAAACCCGUCCCGCCUGCUGCAUCUGCGCCUGCGCCUGCUCCUGCACCAGCAUCAGCAUCAGCGCCUUCAUCGUACUCUGAUCAGGAGAUAGCACAAGCGAUAGCAUCUGCCGGGAAAACCUGCGCAAUGACAGCGCUGGAAGACCCAUCCAUCAACAAGGGCAUGGCAUUCACCAAGGAACAUCGCAAGAUGCUUUGUCUGCAAGGACUGUUACCUCCAACAUCAUUUCCCCUUGAAACAGAAGCACAGAGGGCCCUCAUGCAGCUCAACAACUGCCCGUCACCCCUAGACAAGUACAUCUAUCUGAUGGGCCUUCAGGAUCGUAAUGAGACCCUCUUCUACCGCCUGGUUGUCGAUCAUGUCACUGACAUCAUGCCUCUUAUCUACACUCCAACCGUGGGCGAGGCGUGUCAGAAGUAUGGGCAUAUCUUCCAGAGGCCUCGGGGGAUGUACAUCUCGAUAGAGGACAUGGGGUCUGUCAAGUCCAUCCUUGCGAAUUGGCCGUCGAAGAAAGUAGACGUCGUGGUGAUCACCGACGGAGAGAGGAUCCUGGGCUUAGGAGACCUCGGGACAUACGGCAUGGGCAUUCCAGUUGGAAAGCUGAACUUGUACACUGCGUGCGGUGGGAUCAACCCAGAUCGUUGCUUGCCCAUCACAGUGGACGUGGGAACAAACACACAGACCUUGAUCGACGAUCCUUACUACACGGGUCUGAAGCAGCCCCGUGUGCGAGGGGAGAAGUACAUGCAGUUCAUGGAAGAGGUGCUGAUAGGGCUGCACGAGCAUUUCCCUGGCGUGUUGAUCCAGUUUGAAGACUUUGGGAACACCACGGCGUUUGAGCUGCUCGAGAAGUAUAGAAAUCGCAUCUGUACCUUCAACGAUGACAUCCAAGGGACUGCAUCCGUCACCCUGGCAGGGCUCUUGAGUGCGACGAGGAUGAAGGGCACGAAGCUGAAGGACGAGCUGUUCUUGUUCUCAGGAGCAGGGGAGGCCGGAACCGGAAUCGCUGACCUCAUAGUGGAAGAGCUUGUGGCGGAGGGUAUGCCCAAGGAUGAGGCUAAGAAGCGCUGCUGGCUGGUGGAUUCCAAGGGGCUUGUAGUGCAUUCUCGAUUGCACGAGCUCCAGCAUCACAAGAUCCCAUACGCACACGAGUACCCGGAGGAGAUUAAGGAAUUCAUCGAGGUAGUGAGAAAGCUGAAGCCGACAGCCAUCAUCGGCGUUAGCGCACAAGCUGGGGCGUUCUCGCAGCAGGUGAUUGAGCUGAUGGCCGAGCUGAACGAGCGACCGAUCAUCUUUCCGCUGUCGAACCCGACGAGCAAGGCAGAGUGCACUGCUGAAGAAGCGGUCAAGUUUACCAAGGGCAAGGUGCUCUUUGCGAGUGGAAGCCCGUUCCCGGCCAUGGAGUAUGAGGGCAAGCGUUUCGUGCCUGGGCAGGGGAACAAUGCGUAUAUUUUCCCAGGGGUGGGGCUUGGAGCAGUGCUUGGAGGGCUGAAGCACGUGACGGACGGUAUGCUGCGGAUCGCAGCUCAGGCAGUAGCAGACACGGUGACGCCCGAGGACGUUGCGGUGGAGUGCUUGUAUCCGCCAUUGACGAAGAUCCGGUCUGUGUCGGCGAAGAUAGCGUUGAUGGUGAUCGAGGAGGCGAAGAAAGAGAAUCUUGCUACUCGUCUAGAGAUCCAAUCAGAGGAUCAAGUGAGAAAGGAGAUGUACGACCCAGCUUAUUAGAGUCUCGGGAGUUUACGCCAGUUGUAAGUAAGAAGAAAUAGAACGAGGGUUGAUUGUUGCAAGUCAACGCAUUUUGGUUCUGUCAUAAAGAAAGAGUUUCAAGUG